CGGCAGGAUUAAGAACCCGCUCAAGGGAAUUCCCCGCGAGAAGCUAAUGCGUGAUGUCGAGGCUUUCGCGCUAGAGAAGAACUUGGUUGAGCACAUCCCGAUUCUGCGCAAGGGCGCACUCGUCGCCCAGAACCCCAACGAUUUCGAGGACAUAGAUGGCGAGGAGGCCCUCGACGAAGUCGAAAAGACGGUCCUCCGCGACGAAACCCUUCAUCGGUGGCGUAUGCCCGCACGACUAUUCCUAACUAUUGCGACCUGCUCCAUCGGCGCUGCUGUCCAGGGUUGGGAUCAGACGGGAAGUAAUGGUGCAAACAUCUUCUUCCCCGCAUACUACGGCAUCGGAUCCAACUCUGUCAGAGACAGAAUUCUGGUCGGUCUUGUAAACUCUGGUCCUUAUAUUGGAAGUGCAUUUAUCGGAUGCUGGCUCUCAGAUCCCAUUAAUAACUGGAUUGGUCGUCGUGGUGUUAUCUUCGUCUCUGCUCACUUUUGUCUCUGGCCUGUCAUCGGUUCUGCCUUCUGUCAUACAUGGGAGCAGCAAUUGAUAUGCCGUCUGCUAAUGGGUAUCGGAAUGGGUGUAAAAGCUUCUACUGUGCCUAUCUACGCCGCCGAAAACGCUCCAGCUUCGAUCCGAGGUGCUUUGGUCAUGUCAUGGCAGAUGUGGACCGCCUUCGGUAUCUUCCUCGGAACCGCCAUUAAUCUUGCUGUCUUCUACCACCCGCUCAACUGGAGGCUGAUGCUGGGAGCCCCCUUCAUCCCUGCCGUACCCCUCCUGUGCUUGAUCUACCUAUGUCCCGAAUCUCCUCGUUGGUACAUGAAGAAAAACCGAUACGCAGAUGCCUGGAGGUCAAUGCUUCUGCUACGUAACGACCAGAUUCAAGUGGCCCGAGACAUCUACUAUAUCCACGCUCAACUGAGCAUUGAGAAGCAGAUCAUGAGCAGGAACAACUACAUCACCCGAUUCACCCAGCUAUUUACCGUGCCCCGUGUGCGCCGUGCCAAUAUCGCUGCUUUCACCGUCAUGAUUGCUCAACAAAUGUGCGGUAUCAACAUCAUCGCCUUCUACUCGACCACUAUCUUCGUCAACGCCCACUACACCGAGUUCCAAGCCAUGUUGUGCUCAUUCGGAUUCGGUCUCGUCAACUGGCUCUUCGCAUUUCCCGCCUUCUGGACUAUCGACACGUUCGGACGACGAUCUCUGCUCCUUUUCACCUUCCCCCAGAUGAUGUGGACCCUGCUCGCGGCCGGGUUGUGCACUCUUAUUCCAGAUGGAAUGACCAAAACCGCACUUGUCGCUCUCUUCAUCUUCCUGUUCGCCGCGUUCUACUCGCCCGGUGAGGGUCCUGUGCCUUUCACCUACAGUGCCGAAGUCUACCCCUUAUCUCAUCGUGAGGUCGGUAUGGGAUUUGCUGUCGCCACUUGCCUGUUCUGGGCUGCCGUGCUCAGCAUAACCUUCCCUUUCAUUCUGGAAAGAUUAAACACUGUCGGUGCCUUCGGUCUAUACGCCGGCUUCAACUUGGUAGCGUUCAUCAUGAUCUUCUUCCUGGUGCCCGAGACGAAGCAGCGCACACUCGAGGAACUCGACUAUGUGUUCGCGGUACCUAACCGCAAGUUUGCCUCGUACCAGCUCACCAAGGCCCUGCCAUGGUGGUUCAAGCGCUACGUCUUUUUCCAGCGCGACGCCGUGCUCGAGCCUCUGUACCACAAGGACGACGAGGUGGAACCGAGCCACCUCCGCAAGUCGUCGUGAGCUUCUUCGUCGAGAAUGAGAAACGAAAUGAGAAAAAAGGAUACGCGUGUAUGUUGGUUAUGUAAGGGUUGGCUUGGGUACAUACAUACAUACAUGCUGGUUGGUGGAUGGGAAGCGAGGGAUUUAUGUGUGACUUGAACACAAUCAUUUAAAUACAAAUACGGAUUUUUGCGAAUACCCCCAUAUUUUACAUUCUAGAUAGAUGAUCCUUAGGCACUUCCUAGGUAGACAAAUCUAUCUUCUUCAUAUUUCAAAAAGGCAUGUCGUCGUUC